GGAAUUUAGUUUCGGAAAGUGGCACGUGCCAACAGGUGGCAGCACGAACGAUAGGGUUCAAUAUGGCGGGUUCGGUAUGUUGACGUUGACAGUGCUAACCUAACAAUUCGAAGUUAAUAGGAUGUUUGUUUGACAAAAUCAAAGAGUAUUCUGCAGUUACGUAUUCCAAAGGGCGUACGAGAAUUUAAAACCACCUAAAGCUUAUAAUGGGGUCUCUUGGGUGGUUUUAGUUGACAAUUAAGUUUUGAUUAUUUCCACAAUGGGUAAUGAAGGAAGUCAUCUAGCUGGAUUAGAAGUAGAAGAUGAAGCUAUCGAAGUGACGGAAGCGUGGUCUAUGUAUUCUGCGUGCUUAAGCACGGGUAGUAUGGCCAAAUUAUCUGUGUUCGUUAGCCCAAUGUUUCCUGGUAUCGCGAAAUCUAACGUGCCCUCUCUCAUUCAGGCUUCAAAGAAUUUAAUGUUGCAUCGACAUCCGUGCAUCUUAAAAUUUGUGUCUACUUGGAGUCAUGGUGGAAGAUUUCAUUUGGCAACAGAAGAGGUUCGGCCACUGUCUCAUGUUCUUGAUCAACAAACUUCAUUGCAGAUAUGCUUGGGGCUCCACAGCAUUUUGAAAGCUGUAGUUUUCCUUCAUGAUAAGGCAAAAGCUUCUCACAAUAAUGUGUGUCGUGCUGCUAUAUAUGUCUCUCCUGAUGGAACAUGGAAAUUAGGUGGUUUUGAAUUUCUGUGUUUAUUUCAAGAUAUGUCUGCUACACGUCUUCAGCAGACACAUGCUCAUCGCUAUGAAAAGGCAAUAGCUCCAGAAGAGGAUGGAAGUACUCUCACACAUCCAUCAGCCGUAGAUCAGUAUGCGUUUGGGGUGCUUGUGGAAGAAGUUCUUAAAAAAAGUGAAGAGGAGUUGAAUUGUCUUGCAGAAUUUCGAGAGUUGGCACGACGUCAGUUGCAGAGCAGUGAACCUUCUCUUCGCCCUCCCUUGGCUCCCCUUCUUGAGCAUCCUUUUUUUGAUCAUAAAUUUUUGCACAUUCACUCGUUUCUCUUAGAGCUUCCCCUGAAAUCAGAAGGAGAAAGGCAAGACUUUUUUAGCAGAAUGGUUCUUUUAGAUCAUACUGCCCAAGAACACCUUCUGCCUGCUUUAUUGCAACCCCGGAAAGAGGGAGAUGAAGCUUGUGGAAAGGGAAUAUUUUCAAUGGCAGUUUUUAAACACCAUGUAGUACCCCGGCUUCUUCAAAUGCUAUGUGUUCGAGAUGCUCAAAUUCGUUUGUUACUUCUAUCACAUUUUCAGUGCUUUCUAUCUACAUUCAGUGUUGAUCAACUACGUUCAUCAGUUCUUCCAGAACUUCUUGUGGGAAUUAAAGAUACAAAUGACACUUUAGUUAGCAUGACUCUGAAAGCAUUGGCUGAUAUGGUACCUGUCCUUGGCGCUGCUGUGGUUAUUGGAGGAAAGAGAGGUAAAUUAUUCACUGAUGGCCGACCUAAGGUUCAUCAGACUCCAAUAAAAGAUCUUAAAAAGCAGGAGAAAGUCCUGCCUGAGCCUUCUUCUCUUCCUACAAUUGAAGUUAACGGGAAUGGCCUCCCUGACUAUGGGUCACAUUUACCCGAGAGGCCAUCUCCCGACGGUGGGGAGGCUGAAGCAACUAAUAGUGAUAAAGGAGAAGAGGAAGUGUGGUCCGAUUGGGAUGUAGACACUGUUGAUAAUGUACUUGGUUCAGCAAUAAGUGGAAUUAAUGUUGGUGUGCCUGCUGAACCAGUUGGACAUGGUGAUGCGGAGAUACCUGUAAUUGGUUUGCCUGAUAUAAUGUCCUUGGACAUCAAAAAUUUAACAUCCCCGGUUGGUGGUGAAGAAUUUGACUUCUUUCAGGAUAUGGAACCCGUCAUUUCUAAACCACAAAUUGUUCAAGUUGAAGUGUUUGCUCCAGGAGAGAAGAAUUCGCAAGCUCUGAAAUCUAAUGGGAGCCUCUUUGAUGUUGCUCUGGCUUCUACAGAGGGUGAUGCGUGGGGCGAUGAUCUAGGAGACUGGGCUCUUGAAGAAACUUCAGAAGCAUUGAGUGGAAAACUUGGUAGUUGAGGCAACACUUAUUGAAAUGAUAUCUAAUUAAAAUGUGAUCCCAAAUCUAGUUUGAAUCACAGGGUCUGCAAAACAAUGAACUGCUGUUGUAGUACCCUGUUGUUUCCUUUUCACGCAAAAAAACCUAGAAGUGUUACUUGAGGUGAUCAUUAUACAUUUCAUGACAAUACAAGUGUAAAUACUGCUCAAUAUUUAAUGAACUGAAAUUUUAUUCCGUAGUUGUGGACAAGACCAUUCCAGUUGUUUACCGUUUUCAGCCCCUUGUGAUUCUGGUGUUCUUGAAAUGUAUAUAUUUUCUGGAUGUAAAUAACGAUUAUCAACUAAUUUGUGGCCAAGGAAUUGUAUUAUGCCACAGGAUUUUGUACAGAAUUCUCGUGAAUUCAUCUGGAUGUUUUUGCUCCUUCUGUGAUGUAUUUUUUUAAACAUUUUGUCACUGCAUUUAAAUAUUUUUGGAGAGCAAGUUAAUGAUGAACCUUUAAUAUUCAUACUUUAAUAGGAGUAAAUUGUUGUUGUUAAGUAUUGUUUCCUAGUCAUUAAUUAAUUUUCAUUUAUUAGCACGUUAUGUAAGGCAAUUUUGUUUUCUUUCAAUAGGUUGUUUGAGUCUUUGUUACAUUGAAUUAAAAUUACUAUUUAAAAUGGUGAGGUUAUAAAGUAAGUUAUUUAAUAUUUUAAUUUGCAAUUGGAGCUUCAAGAAUGGUCAUCCUGUUUUUCUUGCUUUUGUUAGUCAUUACUCAAUGCUAACAAGAUGACCAUAUUACUAAAUUGUCUUAAAAUUCAAUUGUUGUGGAUCUACAUGAGAACUUAAGUAAAUGGACUAUCAUAAUUUAUCAGUGUCAAAGAACAAUGGCACAAUGUUUUGCUUACUUUUUAUUGCUGACUAUUCUUGAGUCUUUACAUUUUUGUUUGUUUCAUUAGUACACUGAAUUAUUCUUGCAAAUGUUGUUUUUCCUUCUCUUUUAGUUCUUUAAGAAAUAUGUAUCAGAAGAAGGUCAAUUUCCUUCAUUCACGAAAAAUAUCUGCAGGGCACAGUUUGACACUAAUAAAUAAUUGGGAUGUAGUAAAUCAUUUGUGUUAGCAUUCAAAUGUGUGUAUUUUAUAAUCACGUUUACUUCUCAAUUUUAUAUUAGUUAAAAGAAUUUGACAAAAAAUAACCCUAGCAAAUGGUUUUUAUGCAAUUUCCUUUCACAUUGGCUGAUGUUCUCCUGAAUCAAGUGCAUAGCACAUUUAUGUAGCAAUUAUUACUAUGGUGAUUGCACUGUUGUGAAGGUUGUAAUAAAAUUAUAUUGAAAACAGAGUGAAUAUAAGUUCUAUGAACAGGA